AUGUCGGGCCGGAGCGGGAAGAAGAAAAUGUCGAAGCUGUCGCGUUCAGCCAGGGCCGGGGUCAUCUUCCCGGUGGGCAGGCUGAUGCGGUACCUGAAGAAAGGGACGUUCAAGUACCGGAUCAGCGUGGGUGCUCCCGUCUACAUGGCCGCAGUCAUCGAGUACCUGGCAGCGGAAAUUCUAGAAUUGGCUGGGAAUGCAGCAAGGGACAACAAGAAGGCCCGGAUAGCCCCAAGACACAUCCUGCUGGCUGUUGCCAAUGACGAGGAGCUCAACCAGCUGCUAAAAGGAGUGACCAUCGCCAGCGGGGGCGUCCUGCCCAGAAUCCACCCUGAACUGCUGGCCAAAAAGCGAGGGACCAAAGGCAAGUCAGAAACUAUCCUCUCCCCUCCCCCAGAGAAAAGAGGAAGGAAGGCCACGUCAGGAAAGAAGGGGGGAAAGAAAUCAAAGGCUGCCAAACCACGGACAUCCAAAAAGUCCAAACCAAAGGAUAGCGAUAAAGAAGGGACUUCAAAUUCCACCUCUGAAGACGGGCCAGGGGAUGGAUUCACUAUCCUGUCUUCUAAGAGCCUUGUUCUAGGGCAGAAGCUGUCCUUGACCCAGAGUGACAUCAGCCAUAUUGGCUCCAUGAGAGUGGAGGGCAUCGUCCACCCAACCACAGCUGAAAUUGACCUCAAGGAAGAUAUAGGUAAGGCCUUGGAAAAGGCUGGGGGCAAGGAGUUCUUGGAAACAGUAAAGGAGCUUCGCAAGUCCCAGGGCCCUUUGGAAGUAGCUGAAGCCGCCGUCAGCCAGUCGAGCGGACUUGCAGCCAAAUUUGUCAUCCACUGUCACAUCCCGCAGUGGGGCUCUGACAAAUGUGAAGAACAGCUUGAAGAGACCAUCAAAAAUUGCCUCUCGGCAGCAGAGGACAAGAAGCUGAAGUCGGUGGCGUUCCCGCCCUUCCCCAGCGGCAGAAACUGCUUCCCCAAACAGACGGCAGCCCAGGUGACCCUCAAAGCCAUCUCAGCCCACUUUGAUGACUCGAGCGCAUCCUCGCUGAAGAACGUCUACUUCCUCCUCUUCGACAGCGAGAGCAUCGGCAUCUACGUACAGGAGAUGGCCAAGCUUGAUGCCAAGUAG